UUUUUUUUUUUGCCCUGCUAGGUAUUUUUGCUAGCUAGGAAAUGACAACCGAAACUUCCCGGCUGCAACUGGAUUCACCAGCGCCUUUAAGAUCGAGCCCGAUUUCUGAAGUUCUUCAUUCAGCACUGAUGAACCAACAGUCCUCGGCAGUGGAGAGCGCAGCCUCCUCCAAAGGCAAAAAGGCGAAUUCGGGGCUCAGACGCCCUGAAAAACCGCCGUAUUCCUACAUUGCCCUCAUUGUGAUGGCAAUUCAGAGCUCACCAACAAAAAGGUUAACCCUCAGCGAGAUCUACCAGUUUCUUCAGGUAAGAUUUUCAUUCUUCAGAGGUGCUUACCAGGGAUGGAAGAAUUCGGUUCGCCACAAUCUGUCCUUGAACGAGUGCUUUAUAAAACUACCAAAGGGGCUAGGCAGACCGGGUAAAGGACACUACUGGACCAUUGACCCAGCCAGUGAAUUUAUGUUCGAGGAGGGAUCAUUCCGCCGCAGACCAAGAGGUUUCAGAAGAAAAUGCCAGGCUUUAAAACCAAUGUAUCGGAUGAUGAACGGCCUUGGUUUUGGCACUUCAUUAUUACCCCAAAGCUUUGAUUUCCAAGCUCCUUCUGCGUCAUUGGCAUGCCAUACGAACAGCUACAACUUGGACAUGAUGAGCAAUUCUAUGGCAGGAGGCUAUGAUGGACUCGGCGGUGGCCACCAUGUCCCUCAUAUGUCUCCCAGCCCCGGUUCUACUUACAUGGCCAGUUGCCCAGUAACUUCUAAUGGAGACUAUGGCCCUGAUAACAGCAGUAGUCCAGUACCUUCUUCCCCUGCAAUGGCUAGUGCAUUGGAAUGCCAUUCUCCAUAUGCAAGUACUUCUGCACACUGGGCAUCUUCAGGAGGGUCUGCUUAUAUCAAACAGCAGACACUGGCAACUAGUAACCCUUCUUCAUCCACUUUACAUUCUAACAUGUCUUCCUACACCCUGGAACAGAGUUACUUGCAUCAAAAUGCCAGAGAAACGGCAGAUAUUUCAGUGGGAAUACCUCGGUACCAAACCCAUUCGACGCCAGUUUGUGAAAGGAAAGAUUUUGUUUUGAAUUUCAACGGGAUCUCUUCAUUCCACCCAUCAGCCACUAGCUCUUAUUAUCACCAUCACCACCACCACCACCAUCACCAGAGCGUAUGCCAAGACAUAAAGCCCUGCGUGAGGUGAAUGCGCGAGCUCACCGUCGCAGACAGUUGUUCCCUUGACUGCCUCAGCAGGAUACGAAAAAAAGAGAUAUCUGUGCCGAAGACAAACUGAUGAAUAAAGACUAAUAAAACAUCAUUAAAACUGACACUUUUAUUAGAGAGCGAACAACCACUUUUUUCUAUCAAUAUUCCAAGGCGAAUGAACGUUUUAUUAGUAUCGUCUUUUCAAAACCCCGAAAACUUCCUUUGACUGUUUUUGCAACUGAGCUAUUGGACUACAAUAGACAAUGUGGAUAUCUAUUGCAGCUAAGUUCUUGUCUGUAAUCCUUAUUAUAUUAAUAGGAUUUAAAAUUGAUAUACACAUCAACACCAUAGUCUACCUUUUUUUUUAUUAUAAUUUGUAUUUGUAAUAGUUCACAUUAACCCUUUCAAGUAAUACAGUAUUAAGUAGAUGUUAUGUUGAAGUUAAAGAGCAAGAAUCGCUAACCUUGUUAACCCUCUACAAACCACAGCAGUCAAUACAAUGUUAGCUAGCCAUCGAUAUGUUCUUUUCUAACUAUACUGUAUAUAGGCUUACUCGUUUUUGAGGUAUAUAGAAUUUUUACUUCCAGUUACAUUUUUUUGAAGGAAAUUUUGUGGAUGAAUAAGGGAAGGCACAAGGGAUACAUUUAGGCUCACAUACUUGUAUUUUUGUUUUAAUCAUUAAACAUUAACAUAUUUGCACUUAUUGUAUACUAGCUAAGUUUGCCACCAUAUUCUGAUGUAAAGUCUUUCAAUAAAUAUAUAUGUUUCAAUUGUAUAUGCAGAAUUAAGCUAUGUAGAUUUGCCUUAAGAAUAUGUUAAUUUUAAUUAAUGUACAUUCUAGCGUGUUUUUUGAAACCACCGGCAAAAUGAAAGAAAGCUAACCUUAUCCAUACAGGCCAAUAUUAAACGAACAAAAAGAAAAGAAAUGAAAUACAUUAAUUUUCUUGCCUGAAGGUCGGCGUUUAUACUGUAAGAACAGUAACCCCAAAUAUUACUCAUUAAAGCUGCUGUACAUGACAAGUUAUUUGAAUUUUAAGCUACCAAAGAGCGCACAGUAAUGUCUGUUAGAAAAGUGUGUUCGGUUUAUACCAUAUCUGUGUUGUUUAAUGAAAGGAAACCCACUUUGGUUUAAUUAAUUUAACAGUGCUUUUUUUUUUUGCUUUUU